AUGAUUUCUAUUUUUCUUCAUCCUAUUUUUCUUUCAAUAUUUCCUUUAAUAAAUUCAGCAAGUGAUAAUAAUUAUCGUCUUGUAUUUCAUUUAAAUGUUUCCUAUGCUCAAAACUCCUCAUCAAUUGUUCUUAUUAAUAAUCAAAUACCUGGUCCAUUGAUUGAAGCUGAACUAAAUGAUAUUUUAAUAAUUCAUGUUACAAAUUAUUUACCAACCAGUGAAAGAUUAUCAAUACAUUUUCAUGGUAUGCUUGUUCAACAAACUCCACAUAUGGAUGGAGUUUCUUAUAUAACACAAAUGCCAAUAAAAAGUCAACAUUCUUUUACCUAUGUAUUUCGUGCUUAUCCAGCAGGUACACAUUUUUAUCAUUCACAUGCAGGUUUACAAUCUGUUACUGCAUUUGGUUCAUUAAUUGUGCAUGAUCGUCAAAAAUCUUGGAAUAUAUCUGAAGUAUCAUCGGGACCAUUACUUUUUUCUGAUUUAUGGUUUCAACCUGAUCGUCUUCAACAAGAACAUAAUCUAUUAGCAUCACCAUUUAUUUGGCAAGGUGAACCAACAUAUUUAUUCAUAAAUGGAAAACGUGAUUUUGUUUUAACAGUUGAUCCUAAUAAAAAAUAUUUACUAAGAUUAAUUUGUGCAACAUCAUUAUCAACAGUUGUUUUCGGAAUCGAUAAACAUCCGAUGACAGUUGUUGAAGUUGAUGGUACAUUAAUUAAACCAAAAGAUAAUAUUGAAUCAAUUGAACUUUCAUCUGGACAAAGAUAUGCAGUUAUUAUUGAAACAAAAAACCAACUAAAAGGAAUAUAUCUUAUGCAAUUAGCUAUUCGAUGGAGAGCAUCAACUAAUGAUGCAAGUUGUUCAGGUAUAUUACGUUACAGUAUAAUAUCAGAAAUUCCAACAGAUCUAUCUUCUUUUCCAUUUCCAUUAUUAUCAAAUGAAGAACAUUUACGUUUAUUUUCACUUAAUGAUCCUUAUGAAACAUUAUUAGAAACCGAUCAAAUGCCAAGACGAUCAGUUGAUAAAGAAAUAUUUCUGUAUGGUUUCCAAUCUCGUACACCUGAUGGUUUAGGUAUGCGAUGGAUAAUAAAUAAUAGUUCACUAGAUAAAUUACGUUUAAUAAAUUUAACUCAACCAUUAUUAUUAGAUGUUUAUAAUGGUGUUGAAGAUAAUUUACCAAAUGAUGCUAUUUAUUCAAUAAAACAAAAUCAAUUAAUUGAUAUUGUUCUUCAAAAUACUGUUGCAACAAAUGGUGUUUGUGAAUCACAUCCAUUUCAUUUACAUGGUCAUAAAUUUUGGAUACAUUCACAAGGUAGUGGAAUGUAUAAUCCAUCGGAAAAAUUAAAUCCUGAUACGAAUAAUCCCAUUUUACGUGAUACACUAACACUUUAUGCUAGUUCAUAUUCAUAUUUAACACCAAAUCGAACAUCAACUAAUUAUCUAAAACCUUGUGGUUGGAUUAAAUUACGUUUAAUUGCAAACAAUCCUGGUUUAUGGUUGUUACAUUGUCAUAUUGGGUCACAUAUAUUUAUGGGUAUGACUAUUAUAAUAAAAGAGGAUAUUGAACAUUUAGUGAUGAAUUAUAUGGCACAAAAUUAA